AUGAUCGAGGAUAGUGUUAUAGCAGAAUUAGUGAACAAGUAUCGAUGCCAUAAUAAGUUACCAAAGGAUUUCUCAAGCACUCCGGAGAGUAGCUCGAUAUCCGUUCGAGAACUAUCCUUGGGUUUAAAAAACUUGAUAGGACAGCAGCAGAAACGAUAUCCUGCGAAAAUAGACAAAAUUUUUAAUUCUUUAAUAUAUAAAAGGAAAUCUCAGCAGAGACGUCAGAGUUAUUGGAGAGAUGUUAUUGCCGUUCAUACUACGUUUAGGAAAUAUCAAAGUAAUAAUCUCCUGGAACUGUUGAACACUGUCAGUACCAAAAUAGAAAAGUUCAAUACUUACUUCUAUCAAUUAACUCCUGAAAUGAGUAUGCAUAUAGCCGCUUCUUUCGUGGCACAGCUUUUCCUUUUAGAAAGAAUGUCAAAGUUAAUGGUUAGCUUAGUUAAUAAACUGUUUGGAUAUAUUCAAAUUAAUCAUUGGGAGAAGCUCGGUGUCUUUGUUAUCGGAGUAUGUGCGGAUAUCUUUUAUAUGAUUCCUGACCAAACGAAGAAAAUCUGUGAAGCCUACAGCUCCGUUGCAAAACACUUCAUUGCCGUGGACCCGAGUUUUCCUAAAUCGCUCGAAGAUCUCAGGUUGGUGUCCAAACUCUUAAACGCGGGAUCUAUCAACUCUUUGCCUGAUACUAAAAAGAUUCUCUCCAUGUUGAGUUUAAGUGAUGACGACUUGAAGACUGCUAACAUAGAAGAAAAUAUAAGAAGGAUACGGGAGGAAGUAUUGGAAAAUCAAGCUUGCGAAGUCAUGGAUAUAGGUACUGCUAUAUCCAGAGAAGAAGUAGAGGAGAGCACUGAGAAAUCUUUGAAGAGAAAGUUGAGCUCUGUGGAUUCUGCUAUUGGCACAGAUAUGAAUACAACUGCAGGCUCUAUACCUGAUGAUGUAUUCCAUUCAACCUCGAAGAACCGGAAAAAGUUCCAUAAAAAGGGUUGCCUACCUCUUGCUCUCUCGACCAUGGACUCUACAGAGCCUAAUAAAGGUUUCGGUCUAGGCACCAUAGUAUUAGUUAGCAUCGUCACUUUCAUUAUCUAUUACUUUGUAAAGAAAUCGUUCAAGCCUGUGAAAGUGAAAACACCCAAGUUGUCGGAAGAGGAAAUCGAUGAAAUUUUGUCAAAAUGGUCUCCCGAACCUUUAGUGCCUGAAACACAGCCUGACCAUCAUGCCUUGAAUGUGAAGUUGAUUGAUGGAAAAAUCACCAAGAAUGUAGAAAUUGAGGGCAAGAAGUAUCUGAACUUCUCCACCUCAAACUUCCUGAGUCUGGUUGGGGAACCUAGAAUUGAAGAAGUAGCAAAGAAGACAAUUUACAAGUAUGGAGUCGGUUCUUGUGGUCCACGUGGUUUCUAUGGUACUGUCGAUGUUCAUUUAGACUUGGAAAGUGACUUAGCUAAGUUCAUGGGAACUGAAGAAGCUGUUCUCUACAGUUACGGCUUUGCUACUAUCGCUAGUGCCAUUUCAGCCUAUGCGAAAUCAGGGGACAUCAUCUAUGUUGAUAGAAAUGCCAAUUUUGCCAUCCAAAAAGGUAUUCAAGCUUCUCGCAGUAAAAUCGAAUAUUUCAAUCACAAUGAUAUGGAAGACUUAGAACGUUUAUUGAUUAAACAGGCUGAAUGGGAUGCUCAGCAUCCUAAACAGGCUAGCAAGAUCAGAAGAUUCCUAGUUGUCGAAGGUCUUUAUGCUAAUUCUGGAGAUCUUUGCCCGCUCCCUAAAAUUAUUGAGCUGAAAUGGAAAUACAAGGUGCGUGUCUUCAUUGACGAAAGCUGGUCGUUUGGAGUUGUUGGAAAAACAGGAAGAGGUUAG